UCAAAUGGUUUGAAAGGAUAUCGUAGGCUGUAGCUCGGCCAACGAUACACUGACCCGGGUUUGGCUGUGGGAUUGCUGUCCCGCCUAGCAUACGGCAUCCAUAUGAAGCGAAAGCAAACAACUUGCAAAAACCCAUCUUUGGUCAGAGGAAGGGUUUGGAGAGAGCGAGCUAUCAGCUCAAAGGUGGGAAAUGUUAGGGAGAAGACUAUUCUCCCUGUUCAAAAGCUCCCCAACGUCGCAGCUUUCUGGCUCUGCAAAGCCCACCUAUGAAGAUAACAGCAAGUCAUUGGCUCGAAAGGCGGUGUCUCUUGUUUUGUUUACUGUAACAGGUGGUGUCGCUCUGAGUGCUCUUGACGACCUUGCUAUUUAUCGUAGCUGUAGCAGCAAGGCCUUGGAGAAAGCCAGUAAGAACCAGGCAGUCAUAGAUGCCAUUGGGGAACCUAUUGAAAAGGGUCCAUGGUACAGUGCAUCACUUGCAGUAGCUCAUAAGAGGCAUUCUGUGUCUUGUACAUUUCCUGUGUCUGGACCACAAGGCUCGGGAAUUUUCCAGUUGAAGGCAGUCCGUAAUGGAGAUGACUCCUGGUUAUCAUCUCUUCUGCCUCGUGAUUGGGACAUUCUAAUCAUGGAUGCUCUUCUCCAUGUUCCUGGAAAUGACGAGAAGCAUCAAACAUUACGGAUUAGUCUAUCUGACUUCACUCCCCCAGCUUGUAAAGCAUGCACCGAGUGCAAGCCUCAAUUUCAAAAGUCACAGAUUCCAGAGCAGAAAUGAAAGUCUGAUAAUUUUUAAUAUGGUCACAUGUUUACUUGUUUAACUUUUUCGCUUGCACAAGUUUCCACCAUUUCAACGUUGGCAAAUCAAACUGAGGGAACCUCCAUACUUGAUAUGUGAAUGAAAUAAGUUUUGCGAAAUUUUUGUUGAGAUCAGUUGGGAAUGUAAUGAAACUUAAAAGAAAUGAGAGGCCAAAUUUGUUCU